UGUAGAUGAAAAAUGGCGCAGGAAGAUGAACUUCAAGUUUUAGAACAUAUGAAAGUUUUGGGGCUUACACUUGAUGCAACAAGUGAUGAUGUUAAGAAGGCAUAUAAAAGACUUGCAUUACAGUACCACCCAGAUAAGAGCUCAAAUGAUCCUGAAAGUACAAGGAAAUUUCAGGAAAUUAGUGUGGCAUAUUGCUCACUAAUCCAGAAGGGAGUUCUUGCAGAAAAUGGUCUCAUUUGCAAAUUGCAACCUGACAAGAAGGGAGAUAACCAGUCAAACGUUGAUCAUUUUGGGAUGGAGACUUUUAAACGCUUGUUUCUGGACUGUAUGGCAGAGUUUGUCGUCCAAAGAAAGGACAAAAGACAAACAACUAACAGCUUUUCCACAGAAGAGGAAGAAGAAAACCAAUUUUUUGAGUUUCUAUGCAAUAAUGUCAAGAAGAAUGACCAUACACCUGCCGCACAAGAGAAUCAAACACACUUGAAACAGGUGGACAGAAAUAAACAAGAAAAGUGUUCCAAUAAGAAGCAAGACACCAAAAAGAAGAAAGGCAAAGAAGACAAGAAACAAAAGACGCCAGACAAUGCUGGGGUGAGUGAGAUCGAACAACAGCUUAAAGAGGCGAAGAUCAGAGAAGCUGAACUGAUGGAAAAGUUGAAGCACUUGGAAGCAGAGGAGAAAAGGGAAAACAAAAAAAGAAACCGACAUAUGAAGAAAGCUGCUAAAAAACAUUCUGCACAUGGUGGCCCCCCACAUGUUGAUCUUCUCAGGGAUGAGUUCUACUGUUGGUCGACGGUGCGAAACACGCCAGUCAAACAAGUACAGGAUGAUGGACAAGUGACUGGUAGAAAGCCGGGCAUAAUCCGGGAGAUUGACAAACAGACUCGAGACCAGCACCUGGAGGUUCUGUUGUUGAAGACCAAGAAAAAAAGAGAACUGGAAUGGGAAAAGUCGGAUGACAGCACAGCUGAACGAAAAAUGGAAUACACUAGCCACCUUACUCAGAUGAAAAUAACGGAAUCUAAGCCGAUUUCCUGUGUGAAAAGUGUGUCGUCGAAGCCGGAGUUGCUGCAGCAGCACUUGAAGGCAUAUCACGAUCUGUUGCAGAUCCAGCCCAAGCGGCACACCGAACAGCAGAUAAUAGAGGAAAGACGCAGGGCAAAGGAGGCCGCUCUUAUCAAACAGACCAUCGAGCUAGAGCGGCUGAGAGAAACCACUUCUACAGAUGAGGUUGAUUAUUUGAUGUACGAGAAAGCAAGAGAAGAAUAUCUGAGGAAACAGAGAGAAAUGGAAUUGAUGAGAAACCAGGCAGAAGCCCUCGCUAUAGAACAAGAGGAAAAAGAAAAUAUGCAGAUUCAAGGAGAAUUUAUUAAAAGGAUGAGGAACAAAAGUGAACACCAAAAACAUUCAAAACUGAUGCCAAAAUUUGAAAACCCAAUUAAACGAGGUGUGUGUUCCGGUGGGCCUGGAGUCGGUGAUGGAGCGAACAACCCGUGGGUGCAGAGAGCGUCGGUCAGACAGCUGGUUCCUCGGUCUCAAGAUGAAGAAGUAGCCAUGAUACAAAAAGCUUUGGAAUUGAGUCGUCAGACCGCAGAGAAAGAAGCAGUGACCCGAAGAUGGUGGGAAUCCAUUGAAGAUGAAGAAAUUGAUAAGCAGGUUAUGGAAGCUUAUUCUGAGAACAUGAAGCAGUACAAAUCAUGUGAUAAUUCCUUUCUGUGUGAUGAUACUUACACAUCGAACUGGGUGAAGAAAAAGGCUGUGUCUUCAUUUGGAGGUGCAAGGCCUAAAUUGUCCUCAUCAACCAAAAUUCUUACAUUUAGAGAAAGAUGUAAUAAAAACACCCACGUCACUGAUGAGGAGUCUGAAACCGAAGUUCGGCAGAGUUCUUCUAUGACUGAUAAUGUGUUGAACAAAAGAACCUCUAUACCUUGUUCAACUCAGUGGGAUGAGGAAAUAGCUUGGAAGCUGGAAGGUCCAUCUUUUCCUGUAUCUUCAGCACAUGCUGCUACUACGGGUCAUCUACCACACAAUACGGUCACCCAGUCUUCUAAUCCACGUGUUGAUGUGGGAAUACAAACAGUUCAAACUUCAACUGAUUUGGAGAAUGUGCUACCAACGGAGUGGAAACUAGAAGGAAAGGAAAAUGCGCCCAAAGACAAACGAGGAUUACCAAGCCAAAAAGCAUUUUCGUUCACAGUUUCUGAAGACAGACAGUCCAACCAUUUUCGUUCCAAAAACACGCAUUUGGACAGAGAGUCGGGGAAUAGCAAUAAGAUGAUAACGUCACAGUCACAUAUUUCACAUAAAAAUAUGACAAAAAAUAAAAACAUCACUGAAGAAAACUGGGAUGACUGUUUGUCCGAGGUACAUUUCUUGGAUCUGCAGAUGAACUGUACAGAUCCCAAUAGGAAGCUAACAAGACCUGAAGGUAGUGGGCGAUGGACUGCAGGUGUUCCUCGUGCCAUACCCAGAAGUCCACAUCCUCAUUCAGCAAUUGAUGAAGCUUCUACUGCAGUGCAGAAAAUGUUUCCUGGAAAUGUUGGUAGUGUUCCUCUGGUCCACAAUGUAGAUAACAGACCACUGAAGCAAGAAAAUGAUGGUCAAACAACCAUAAAGCAUGGUGACAGCAAUCCACUAUCUACAUGUAAGAUUGUUCCUUUAAGUAAGAAAUCUUUACAGCAACCAAAUGUCAACAAUGCAGGAAAUACAGCUGUUGACAGUAUUCCCGCUACUGGAGAUAUUCCUCAAGUGUGUACAACCACUGACAGUAAUCCACACAUUUACACAGCUAGUGAUAGGAUUUCCCAAGUUUGCACAACUGUUGGCAGUAUUUCAAAAGUGUGUACAACUACUGGCAAUAUUCCGCAAGUUUGUACAUCUACUGGCAAUAUUCCCCAAGUUUGUACAUCUACUGGCAAUAUUCCCCAAGUCUGCACAACUACUGGCAACAUUCCCCAAGUCUGCACAACUACUGGCAACAUUCCCCAAGUCUGCACAACUACUGGCAACAUUCCACAAGUUGGCACAACUACUGGCAACAUUCCACAAGUUGGCACAACUACUGGCAAUAUUCCCCAAGUCUGCACAACUACUGGCAACAUUCCCCAAAUCUGCACAACUACUGGCAGUAUUCCCCAUGUCUGCACAAUCCCUAUUGGUCUUCCUCCACAAUUAAUCCCAUCCUACCUCCAUUACUUGAGUCAGUUGGUUAAACCCAAAUCUGCUGUUCCUGGUGCUUCCAAUACCAUGACUGUGCCAUCUUUUGAAAAUAACAGUACUGUAUUUAGUGACAUGUCGGGCACAUGUGUACAAAAUAGCAGUGUCAUUACACCUCUAAAUAUCCCUAGUGGACAGGAGCAAAAACAUUUUGAUGGUCUGGAUCCAUCUCUGAUUAACCCUUUGUUGUUACCGCUUUUGAUGCAGACUCCUGUACAUUCAGGACAAGUGAAUCCAGUGACAGAAUGUGCAUCUGGUAUCGGUGAUGUUUUUCAAAAGUCUUGGUCGGGUAGCUCAGCCUGUCCACCAGUGUUUGCGUAUUCCCUUCAUCAGACGGAGCAGAUGAAAUCUAAAGGGCAGACAAACGAGCAGAAUCCCACAGAUGUAGCCGAUGUGAGAGGUGCUGGUGAUACAGUGUGUGGCAACCAGGAGGAAGUGUCUGAUUACAGUGGUAUGGGUGACAGACAACACAAUCCAAAACUGAGUGCUAGUCCUCACAAGAUCAAAUCAACUAAAUUGUGGCAGAGUUCAAAACAUAAGAAAAACAUUCCAUUAAAACUGAAGAGAAAGAUGGAGCUGAAUAAAAAAGUCCAGUCAUUACUGCAGGAAAUAAGAAAGACUGAAAUUGUCAACAGCGAAGAUCGUGGAUCCUCAUAAAUGAUGUAUAAAAAGACAGAAGUUUACUUUGUCGUGAAAUUGAUCUGAUAAUUAGCGUGUGUCUGCUAAGAUAAUAUAACUGACAGGACUUCAUACUUCAUCUUGUGGAUACUUCAUCUUGUGGAUACAUUUGGUCAUGAUAUACCAUUAUGACUUGCAUGAAAUGAUGCUGAAUUUUGCCAAUACAGCAGUUCAUUCCUUGUCUUGUGUUUGAUUUGGAAAAAAAGAAAUGUGUUGCAUAUAAUUUGUUGACAAUACCUUAAUCUUGCGUAUGUCUGAAAGCUGAAAUUUGAAAUAACAAUCAACAACAGUUCAUCGUUUCUUUUCCAUUCCAUUAAGAAACCUUGCGUUUAUUUUACUAUGAUUUACCAAUCAGUUUGUCUUGUAUGUGAAUGAAAACCAACAGCCAUUUGUUCUUUGAUAUGAUAUAAGGUAAUGUUUUGAGUUUACUGUACUGAGAUUGUUGUAAUUGUCAGUAUUUUGUGUUAUGAUACUUACAACAAAUUGCUGUAGUAGAGCACUCAGUUGGGGUGUGAUGUAUUGCAGGAUCGAACCCUCUCAAUGGACUUGAGUAUUUUGUCAUCACAGUGUCCCAUGACUGGUGUAGUCUGCAGUAUGUACUCCCCAGCCAAAGGCAGGUUUAGGUUGAAGCCCAUAAAAUAAAAGCUAUCACCAAAUACAACUUUUAUUCAGCCAAACAAACAAAAAAGGUGGUAAAAAUGUUUUCGAAUUAACUGUGGUGAAUUAGUAAUAAAAUAUAUUCCCCAAAUUCAACUUUAAUUUGCAUUGGGCAACUUGGCAAGUGACAGCUUAUAGCCUGCUAAUGGAAAGUGCUUAUAAAAGAUCCGUUGCUGCGUAUUCAUUAAGAUUAGCCUUUAUAGGGGCAGCAGGUUUCUUCACUCGGGUGUUGGAAAUAACUAGAUGUAGAUGUCAGACACAAAAUGUCCAUACUUUAAAAAAGGUCCUGAGAUGUGGGGGUUUUUUUUAAAAGUUCUGUUGUUUUUAUUUGAUGUGUAAACCAAGUAGUGCUUUGUAUUAAUUUCAUUAUUAUUCACAUGGACAGUUGACAUGUAUAAGGACAUUGUUCAGCAUUAAUUCAUCUUUCUGUGUUUGCCUCAUGGCACAAAUGUUAUGCGAGUAUUUAAAAUUUUCACUAUAUGUUUCUUCAUGUUAGUACAGAUUUUGGUGUGAAUGAGAUUAGCUAUGAAAAAAUAUUCACAAGCUAUAUUACAUACAACAAUUUUGUAACAAUCCAAUGUUAUCUGUGUUUACCUCGUGGCAAAAAUGUUAUGUGAGUGCACCAUUAUUUGAUAUUUUCACUGUAUGUUUCUUCAUGUUAGUACAGAUUUUGGUGUGAAUGAGAUUAGCUAUGAAAAAAAUAUUCACAAGCUAUAUUACAUACCAACAAUUUUGUAACAAUCCAAAGUCAUCUGUGUUUACCUUGUGGCAAAAAUGUUAUGUGAGUGCACCAUUAUUUGAUAUUUUCACUGUAUGUUUCUUCAUGUUAGUACAGAUUUUGGUGUGAAUGAGAUUAGCUAUGAAAAAAUAUUCACAAGCCAUGUUACAUACCAACAAUUUUGUAACAAUCCAAAGUCAGAAUGCUGUCAGUUUUGUCUUGAAAGAUGUGUUCAGACUUGCAAUGUUUUUUAUAUUAUAUGGAUAUUUUCACUUGCAGUAUUAUUUUUAAUUCAAUAUCUCCGACUGUCCAUUACUAGUGUGAUAUUUUGUAGUGGAUCAGUAUGAUGCGUAUUGCCACCAGUGGGAGAGUUAAAUUAAUAUGAUACGAGAUCUUGUUAACAUGUCACCAUUUUUGCUUGUUCUUGGUACAAAUGACUAGAUAUUAGUUUAUUAUUAUCCUGUCAUUAUGUCCAUUUUUGGUUUUUUAUGACAAUAUUGUGCUUUUAUUAUUACUUUUUCAGUAUUACUACUUUUUCUUUCAAUAAUACCUGCAAAUAUCUACAAUAUAUGUUUUCAUAACAGCAUAUUUGUGUACUUAUGAAUAAAGCAAAAUGUUUGGUAUUUGGAAUGUAAAUGACAUGUCAUUCAUUCAUUCAUGUUAGGUGAACUACAUUGUACAGUGGUCCUAUGCUGAAAGUUUUCAUUUGCAGUGAUGAUCUUAGAAAAUGUUUAAAUCAGUUAUUAAAAUAUAAUACAAAUAAUCUUCAACAAAUUACGUCUGGUGUGGUUUAAAACAAGUCUGUGUUUUACAAUCAAAUUGCUUAAUUUCCUGUGAUUAAAAUGUCAGUUUGUGUGACUUGUAUGCAAACUGGAAGGUCAUGACCCCUAUUGAAUCGCAAAUUGAAACAGGUAUUUUUAAUAUCUCACAAUGGUUCUUGUAAAUGCCAUUGUGAAUUAAAUUAUGGUAUAUUUUUUAAGUAUUCAUAGCAAUAAUGGGGAGGGGGAUAUCUUCAUUUCUUGAUUGAAAAGUUCAGUCUAUAAGAACCUAAUGUUAUCAUCACAUCCAGUUAGACAAAAUGAAGAGUGUCCCAGCCUAGAAAAAUCAUUACAUCCCCGACUUGUAAUUUAGGAUAUUUUCAACACGUGGUUUAUCAUUUCUGCCGUUUUCAUUUUAUUUUUAAAGAAAUCUUAGUAAAAAAAAUUGUACUUGCCAUCCAAUAGCUGGUGUUGGUUUUGGUUAUAAGAGCAGGUAGCAUUGACUGAGACUCAGCAGUGAGGGUUUUUCUUGCUGGAGUACAA